ACUCUGCUGGUUGGAUCCGGCACGGGGAACAAGCUACGUGUAAUAUUUGAUUAAAAAUGGCUGAAAGGAAAACCAAUGUCCCCAGCUCGAGCGCGAAUUUGCUCUUUUCCACAGCUCCGGAAUUCAAUUUUAAUCUGCCGUUCAUUCCUGUCAGUCAAGCCACUGAUCCAGCGGUUUUAUCCGGAGAUGAUGCAAGUGAAGUUGGUGAAGAAGACAGCUUUCUUGGUCAGACCUCAACAACUGCAUCUCAGCCAUCAACGCUCAGCUAUUUUUCGGCACCUGCAGGCACUGGCGAUCCGUUUGCUUCACUAGGGCCCAAGCCAUCCCUGCCUCCUUCUUCUUCUGUUGGCUCACCCGCUGCUUCUUCACUAGUGUCCAGUGCUGCAAGUGUGCCACCAAACGCCCCGAUUUCUCAUGUAAACUCCUCGCAGCAGUAUGGCAAUGCAGUUUACCAGAACCCCAUCAGCGCACGCACUCCAUCUCCUAACAUGACAGCUACUCCACCUCCCCAGGCCAGCCAGCAGCCCUAUAAUCCAUAUCGUCACACAGCGACAAGUAGCAAAGCCAGUCCUUAUAUCAUGGCUCCUGAGCUACAGCAGCAACUUCCUCAUCAAACACCACAGCAUUUCAAUCCCUACUCUCAGACCCCACCACCUCCAACGUUCCCAUCCGCACCCCUAACAUUUAUCCAGCCUCCCCCUUCACAGGUUCCUCCCCCACCUUCGGGACACAGCAUGGCAGGACCUGCAGGACCUAUGGUUCCAGCCAACCCCAUGAUGCAGUACUCUCAAUAUAAUGUCUAUGAGCCUGUUCAGCCUCAUUGGUUUUACUGCAAACAAGUGGAGUCCAAGAAAGUUUGGCUUCCCUUCAGUAUCCUGGAUUCCAUAAAACUGGAGGAGACUUUUAAUUCUGUCCAGCCAGACCCGGAGAAUGUGAUCGUGAGUACAGAUGGUGGCCGCUAUGAUGUGCUGCUUUAUGAUCGCAGUCGCACUUCUGUGUACUGGGAAGAAGAGCCGACUGAGGUGCGCCGAUGUACCUGGUUCUACAAAGGAGACACUGACAGCCGCUUUAUCCCCUAUUCUGAGGACUUUAGUGACAAACUGGAGGCGGAAUAUAAGAAAGCUGUCUGCACUAAUCAGUGGCACCGCCGGCUGGAGUUUCCCUCAGGGGAAACGAUUGUUAUGCACAAUCCAAAGGUCAUAGUGCAGUUUCAGCCAACAGCUACGCCUGAUGAAUGGGGCACCACACAGGAUGGUCAGACUCGGCCCAGAGUGGUAAAGAGAGGAGUGGAUGAUGACCAUGAUGAAGUCCCUGAUGGUGAAAUGCCACAAGUGGACCAUUUGGUGUUCAUGGUGCAUGGCAUUGGUCCUGUGUGUGAUCUGCGGUUCAGGAGCAUGGUGGAGUGUGUGGAUGAUUUCCGAAGUGUUUCUUUGAAGCUGCUGCAAAGUCAUUUUAAGAAGCCUCUAGAUGACCAUGUUAUAAGCCGUGUGGAGUUUCUGCCUGUGCACUGGCACAGAGCCCUGCAUGGAGACGCCACAGGAGUGGACAGGCGAAUAAAGAAGAUUACCUUACCGAGCACUGUGCGCCUUCGACACUUUACCAAUGAAACCCUCUUAGAUGUUCUGUUCUACAACAGCCCGACCUAUUGCCAAACCAUCAUGGACACCGUGGCUUUUGAGAUUAACCGACUUUAUGCACUGUUCAUGCAGAGAAACCCAGAUUUCAAAGGGGGUGUGUCAGUAGCUGGACACAGUCUAGGGUCCUUAAUACUUUUCGACCUAUUGUCUAAUCAGAAGAACCUGUCUUCUGCAUCAACUCCAAAUGAGAACACUCAGCCUGAAGUUAAACAGGCGAGUCCUCCUGUCCCCCAGGCCACUGAGGUAUUCAGCCCGGCUGCAGCAGAGGAAUCAAAGGAGGAGGAAGAGGAUACGGCAAAUCUGUCAUCUGUUCUAGAGCAGCUGGGCCUUUCUGAGUACCUCAGCACCUUCGAACAGGAGAAGAUCGAUGUUGAGUCACUGCUUAUGUGCACAGUGGAUGAUUUAAAAGAAAUGGGUAUUCCUUUGGGCCCACGCAAAAAACUUGCAAAGUUUGUUAAAGAGAAGGCAGCAAAGCAGGCUGCACAACAGGCUGCAAGAGAGAAGGUUGUAGCUAAAGAAGAUAUUAAAGAAGUUUCAAACACUCAACACACUGAAUCAACCACAGCCGUUACCAGCUCCAAAGUCCCAGUGGGCAGGCUUAUGUCAUCCAUGCAUGUGGAUUACAACUGCUUUGAAAUUGGCACUGGGCAGGUAUCAGUGGUGUAUCAUGCUCUGGACUUUGACCCGGUCAAUUUUUUCGCACUUGGCUCACCUAUCGGCAUGUUUCUGACAGUGCGAGGGGUGGAGAAACUCGAGGAGACAUACCAGCUACCCACCUGCAAAGGCUUCUUUAACAUUUAUCAUCCGUUGGAUCCAGUGGCAUACAGGCUUGAGCCAAUGAUUUUACCAGACAUAGAACUGGAACCAGUUUUGAUUCCUCAUCAUAAAGGGAGGAAAAGGCUUCAUCUUGAAUUAAAGGAGAGUCUGUCCAGGAUGGGUUCUGACUUGAAGCAGGGCUUUAUCAGUUCUUUAAAGACUGCAUGGCAGACCCUGCAUGAUUUUGCUCGUGCUCAUACCGCCUCCACAAAGCUGCAUGAACAGCUGGCCAUAGUGGCCAGUCAGAUAAAAGAAGAAGAGGAAAUGCAAAAAGAAGAUGACGAUAAGCUAGUCAUGGAGAGUCCUGAGCCUGCAAAGGAGGAAGAAACUCGGGUGAAGGUGGGCAUGCUGAACGGAGGUCGUCGCAUUGAUUAUGUCCUGCAAGAGAAGCCCAUUGAGAGCUUCAACGAAUACCUCUUUGCUCUCCAGAGUCACCUGUGUUACUGGGAAUCUGAGGACACGGCUUUGUUCUUUCUUAAAGAAGUUUAUAAGACUAUGGACAUAUGGCCAGAGCAAUCAGCGCACUGAUGUGAUAAUAAAAAAAAUAAUAAAGCACCUGUCAUUUGAAAUGGUAUUAAACUUUCCAGGCAGGCAGAUGAAUGACUUUCUUUUUAUUUCCUUCUUUUUUUUCUUCUUGUAUAAAUAAGAAUACAUCCGUAUUACUCUGUAUAUCUUAAAUUAAGAAACUGAGAAUUAUUGAGUGGUGGUAAGUUCCACCAUAUAUCAACAUUUUUAUAGAGCUGUGAAAGACAGUGGUGUUCACUAGACUUUAUGAAUCAUGGUAGAAACAUAAACGUUACUGUAUUAGGUAAUGAAGACUUAAGUCCUAUGUAAUGAAGACCCAUAAUUCACCCAUUAAACUGAUUUUGUCCAA